AUGCAUGAUUUGAAAACUAAGGCAGCUCGAGCGGUUGUGAAAAACAAUCUAUCCCUGAUAAUUUUUCCUAAGGACAGGUCUAAGAAUGGAAGACUACUCCCUUUCAAAAAAGGUUUUGUUCAUUUAGCACUGCAAUCCCGCCUUCCAAUUGUUCCAAUGGUCCUGACAGGUACUCAUCUAGCAUGGAGGAAAGGUGGCUUACGUGUUCGGCCAACACCUCUCACUGUCAAAUAUCUUCCUCCAAUAAGUACUGAAAAUUGGAAGGCCGACAAGAUUGAUGACUAUGUCAAAAUGGUGCAUAGCCUCUAUGUUGAACAAUUUCCUGAGGCUCAGAGACCUCUACUUUGAAAUGUUAAUAGCAAGUUUGGUUCCAUUUAAUUUGAAACGUUUUAAAAUCCCUUAUGGCUAAAAGCAAUAGGUCUAAGCUUAUAAGUGAACAUGAUUUGAAUUAUAUGCAAAUUGUGAAGUCAAACGUGCACUA